AUGCUGCGCAGGAACAUUUUUUUUUUCUUUAUCUUUACGUUUUGCUUCCUCAAUAACAUUGUUUCUUCACAGGGGAAAAACGGCGGCGUGUACUGGCGUGCGAGCCUUAUAGCAAGGGGAACUUCGCCUCUCAUGGAGCUUGAUGUUGUCAGCGAUGGGGAGGUGUACGCCCGUGCGCUGCAGGAGGCAAGGUGGGAUGUCUUGCAGGGAUUAAAUGUGGAAAGAGACUGGCAGCAGCUUCAAAAGCGACACCCAUUCUUCCGCGAUGUUGUCAUGGACGCUGGUCGACAAGCAAAACAGUUGGCAUCGGUGCUGGCAGCAACGGAGUUUUUCCUACAGCGGCUGCUUUGGUGUUGCAAAAAUAACACCGCGCCAAGCUUUAUUGAUUCAGGUAAGGUGAAGCGUUGGCACGAUUCUCUUGCCGUGUUUAUCUCACUCUGUGAAUCUUCCCCUGUCCCGACACAAGCGCGGUGGGUGGCUGAGAUGCGGCAACGCGCCGGUGGGCCACAUGACUGUGGUGCCAUGAGCGUGGAAAGUGGCGAGAAAAACAAUGGCGGUGAUUACAAUAAGAAUGGAGGGGUAGAUAAGGAUGAUGAUGAUGAUGGUUCAUUUGUAAAUAGUCGUUUAAAAGAGUUGGUGACACAGUGUGUUGCCGUUGGGCGAAUGUGGUGCUGUCAGCGCCGUGGGGAAGAUGACAUGUCUGUGAAGGAGCGCCGUGCCAUCUCCGUUAUGGAAGCGUUUGCAGCCCCACAGACGCUUGACUGGUGA